UCUGCCGGUAGCAUCGGAUUCGGGAGCGUAGUAUAGCCUAGCUUAUCUGAUACUUGUCGGACGCCGAAGGAAAAGAAAGGCAAGAAGAUGCAGCAAGCUAUUCUGUCGGGGCUGCAAUAUAAGGUCAACGACAACCCACCAUGGAUCACCACCAUCCUGCUUGGCUUCCAGCACUACUUGAUGCUGUUAAGCUCCAAUCUGGCCACUCCGGGCCUUAUGGCGUCGAUAAUAUGCGCCGUAAAUAUUCCAGAAACAAUGCACGUGCGUUCCAUUCUGCUCGGCAACAUGAUAUUCGCGUGCGGCCUAAGCACGCUCGUGCAGACGGUAUUCGGGGUGAGAUUACCUAUUGUGCAGUGUCCGGCAUUUGCUUUCAUCGUUCCAAUGUUAGCUCUCGUCAAAAUUGAACGCUGGUCUUGUCCAGCCUCGUCGUCAGAGACGUCAGGCAACGCCACAAGUAACUCCACACAGCCUCCAAACUCAGUGGACUAUACAGAACGAAUGAGCCUGCUGACUGGCUCAAUCAUGGUGGCGGCGGUACUUCAGAUGUUAAUCGGCGUGACGGGGCUUGUAAGCGUGCUUCUCAAGUUCAUAGGGCCGCUCACUGUGGCGCCUACCAUCAUGCUGAUGGGGCUAUCAGUGGCCGAGACCGGCUUCGAACUAUCUGGAAAACACUGGGGCAUCUCUCUUGGUACGAUUGUGUUGAUCAUCCUGUUCUCAGAGAUUAUUCCAAUCUUUAAAUUCCGAAAUCCGUUCGACAGAAAGAGUGACCAGAAAAUCGAGUUCGUCCUUCAUAAGUUGUUUUCCGUCAUCCUGUCCACGUGUAUCAUGUGGUUCCUCUGCUACAUCCUGACGGUGACUGGCGCAUUUCCGGAGAAGGGUAACUAUGGUUACGAAGGCCGGACGGAUCUCCGCCUUGGUGUCAUUCAAGAGGUUGCGUGGGUGAGAUUCCCGUAUCCAGGUCACUUCGGAAUACCGAAGUUCAACUCGGCUUUCUUCGUAGCGAUGAUCGCCGGCGUGAUCACAUCCGUCAUCGAGAGCAUCGGCGACUACUUCACGUGUGCGCGACUUGCCGGCGCACUUCCGCCUCCGCCUCACGCCAUUAAUAGAGGUAUAUUUAUGGAAGGUGUGGGUUGCAUUAUAUCGGCAGCCGUCGGGACGGGUUUUGGAGUGACGUCGUGCAGUCAAAAUAUAGGCGUUAUAAGUCUCACCAAGGUUGGCAGUCGCCGCGUUGUAAUUGUGGCGGGAAUCACUAUGGUAGUGUUCGGCUGCUUCGGAAAAUUCAGCGCGCUCGUGGUCUCUAUGCCGGACCCGAUCAUCGGGGCUUCCUUCCUCGUAUUAUUCGGUGUCCUGACGGCGGUGGGCGCGUCCAAUCUCCAGUACGUGGAUCUCAACUCCUCUCGGAACCUCGUCGUGUUCGGCAUCUCCCUCUUCCUGGGCCUCAGUUUUCCUAACUGGGUCAUGAGGAAUGAGGCCCUUAUUAGAACCGGUAACACUGACCUAGACCAGGUACUUCAGGCCCUUCUUGCCAACAACAUGUUCAUGGGGUGCUUUUCAGCGCUUGUUCUAGACAACGUGAUACCCGGGACUGACGACGAACGAGGCAUUGUAAUUUGGCGAGAAGUUCCGAGCGAUACCGAUGAGGAAAGCGAAGAUAUAAAUAUGGUCAAUAUGAACCUCUCCAUGAAAACGUACGAUCUGCCGUUCGGAAUGAACCUUAUACGCAACUUCCGGUGGGGAAAGCACGUGCCCAUCUUUCCAACAUUCGACGGCUUCGAUAGCGUGCGAUGCCCGUGCAAAGGUUCUCCCCUGUACCUUGAGGACUUCGAAGUGGUAUUGAAAAAUGAUAAAAACGGACGUGUGGAAAACGGCACGACAAAAGUAUGA